AUGGGAAACCAGGACUCCUGCCUUGCUGGGUGCCUGCGCAGACUCUUUAGGCCAUGGCGGCGCUUGGAGGGGGAAGUGCUGCCGAGCGAUCCACCAGACUUCUCACUCGCUAUGUACUGGUUGGCUCAUCCGAGCCACUGGCCUACGAGGGUGGCGGAGAAUCUGCCAAAGACCAUUUACACUUUGCAGCCUGACGGAACUUUCCACUGCGAAGCAACCGACGCGUUCAGCGACAGCCAGUCGGAGGUGGACGCACCUGCUGACCUUUUCUACCUCCACGGCACGAUGGAGGGUCUUGGCAAUCGGGCCUCCAUCGAUCGAUAUGACCAGGAGGUAUGGCAGGGCUUCAACACCCGACACCAAAUGACCAUACUGACGGCCUUCACGUCCGCAUGCCGAGCCUACGCCCCGCUGUACCGCCAGGCGGCAAUGGGCGGUUCCUGGGACCUCGCCUAUGAGGAUGUUCUUGCGGCCUUCGAGCAAUUCCUCUCUGAAGUUGGGAGCCAGCGUCCAAUCGUUCUCGCAGGCCACUCACAAGGAUCCAUCCACAUCGUCCGGCUCAUGAAGGAGCGCAUCCAGAGCGACCCAAGCCUAAUGCGCCGAAUCUGCGCCGUCCAUGCGCCAGGGAUGGGCCAGUGGAUCGAUCCUUCGCCCUUGGUGGUGGACGGAGCGCAAAACAAUCAAACGCCUCCGAGCGCACCCGCAGUGGCCAUCUGGGCCGCAGCUACUCCACAGGCAGACCGGAAAUGGACACUGAUUGGCUUCAUGUCGGGUGGCAGCGGCUUCCAUGACUUCGCGAACCCCUGCUCCUGGACAAGCGGGAAGCACCUGGGCGUCCUCCUGCCGGAUGAUGAGACAAAUCAACCGGUGCUGUACAGGGGAAUGGUCCAACGGGCUGAAGUCGUCGAGGGCCUUCUUCGAGUGCACCCCUCACCCGGGGCAGAGGGCAGGCUCAAGAAGUUGCACAUGGGACGCCAUGAUUUUCAUGCCUAUGAUGUGCAUCUCUUCUGGGCCAACGUGCGCGAGCGAAUAAAGCAACAGGUGGCCGCGUUCAAUACGUCGACGUAA